ACUUGCCCCGCCUCCUCCUCCUCCUCCGCCUCCUCCUCCUCCUCCUCCCCUUCCUCCUCCCCUUCUGGGUGAGAGUUGAGGUCAUUGUUAUGCAACAGACGACACUUCCCCCCCGACUCCUGCAGAGGCUGCACACAACUUCAGCAGACAUGGAGCAGCUCAUGGCCAACGAGGUUUUCAGGGCUUUCACCACCUACGCCGUCAUUGUCAUUCUGAAGAUGAUGUUGAUGGCGCCGCUGACCUCGUACUACCGCGUGACCAAAGGGGCGUUCUCUAAUUUGGAGGACGUGAGGAAGAAGACGAUGGAGGAGAAGAAGAAGCUGCUGAGAACCGAUCCAGACGUGGAGCGCGUUCGAAGGUGUCACCUGAACGACCUUGAGAACAUCGUGCCCUUCUUCGUCAUCGGCCUUCUCUACGCCCUGACGCAGCCCGCACUGUCGACCGCGCUCCUCCACUUCCGCGUCUUCGCAGGCUCACGUGUCUGCCACUCCGUGUCCUACGUCUGUGUCCUGCCCCAGCCCUGCAGGGGUCUGUCCUACAUCGUGGGCGUGUUGGUCACUGCCUCCAUGGCGUAUCAAGUGCUCAGUACCGUCCUUGUCCUGUAGGGGUCUGCGGGGGGUACAGUGGUGUCUGUAUCUUUACGCUCACGUUCUGAUAAACGAGGGUGAAGGGAUUUGAUCGAAGCGACCGCGGUGUUGAAUCAGUGUUGAACCUCAAACCAACUUCGUUAUGGACCAAAUAUAUUGAUGAUGAGCUAAAGCUAGCUGUUCACGAGGCUACGUUAAAACACAUUAAUUACUGCCCACUAGGGGCCGAUGUUUUCACUUCCAAAGAUAACGACCACCAAGAGUUGAUUAUGGAUCAAAACAGCGUUUUUAUUUCACAGUCUGUAGUUGUCUGUUGUUGUCUGUAGUUGUAGCACGUUGUUCUACGAUGGUUAGCUACGUUUACGCUGUGAUGGAAGAUUUUCUCCUCAUUAAAUGUUUUAUCAACAUUG